UCUGUUUUCAAAAGGCAGCUGAACGAACCCGAAGAACCUCCUGGCUUUUUGCUGUAGUGCUUUCGGGUGAGACGGUGAAAGCUAAGCAUUCACCAGGUUAAAUAAUGAUUCGAUCUGGAAGCAGCCUCGCCUCCGUUGUAGCACUGCUUGCAAGACAUGGAAACAAGUCGGCGAAGAGCAUUAUAUACAGCAGUAUCAGACACAAGCACAGGACCUGUGACGUGGCGGUGGUUGGAGGUGGCAUUGUGGGGCUGGCCACCGCGCGGGAGCUCAUCCUGAGGCACCCCGCUCUGAGCUUCGUCGUCCUGGAGAAGGAGAAGGAACUGGCAUUUCACCAGAGUGGACACAACAGUGGGGUGAUCCACAGUGGGAUUUACUACAAGCCGGGGUCUCUGAAGGCUAAGCUUUGUGUGCGAGGCGCUACUUUGACGUAUGAAUACUGUGAGAAGAAGGGCGUGCCCUACAGGCAGUGUGGCAAGCUGAUUGUGGCAGUGGAGCAGGAGGAGAUCCCACGCCUGCAGGCUCUGUAUGAACGCGGCCAGCAGAACAACGUGCGUGACCUCAGGCUGAUUGACGCCAAGGCGGUGAAGUGUGUUUGGUCUGCUGCUCAGGGUCUUAUGGCUCUGGACUCGCCCUACACUGGCAUUGUUGACUGGCGACUGAUGGCACUGAGCUAUGCCAAGGACUUCCAGGAAAUGGGUGGUGCCGUAGUUACCGAGUUCGAGGCAGCAGACAUCGCCACGGUGACGGAGAGUCCUGCUGGCAGUAUUGAAGGAAUGAAGUAUCCUAUUGCCAUCAGAAGUUCAAAGGGAGAAGAGGUGCAGUGCCGCUAUGUGCUGACCUGCGGAGGCCUGUACUCCGAUCGGCUCUCCCAGAUCUCCGGCUGCAGCCCCGAGCCCCGCAUCGUCCCCUUCCGGGGGGACUACCUGGUCCUCAAGCCCGAGAAGCACUACCUUGUCAAAGGCAACAUCUACCCGGUCCCGGACCCCCGGUUCCCCUUCCUGGGGGUCCACUUCACCCCGCGGAUGGACGGCAGUGUCUGGCUUGGGCCCAACGCUGUUCUUGCCUUCAAACGAGAGGGCUACCGAAUCUACGACUUCAACACCCAAGACUUUGCUGACGCAGUCAGCUUCAGGGGCUUAUGGAAACUGGUGUUCAGGAAUAUAGCAUAUGGACUGGGGGAAAUGUACAGAGGAGUUUUUGUCAGUGCGCAGGUGAAAAUGCUGCAAAAAUAUAUCCCAGAGUUGACUGCUAAUGAUGUUCUCAGGGGUCCUGCGGGUGUGCGCGCACAGGCGCUUGACCGUGAUGGGAACCUGGUGGACGACUUUGUGUUCGACGGGGGCAUCGGAGACCUGGGCAGUCGCGUUCUCCACGUGCGCAACGCCCCCUCGCCCGCUGCCACCUCCUCCCUCGCCAUCGGGGAGAUGAUCGCUGACGAGGUGGAGAGCAGGUUCAACCUGUAGAGGGGGUGCCGCCCCUCCCCGCUGGUCCCACAGCUCAGACCCAAGCCCUCUCUGAAACCCCCUUACCUUGGAGACGCCUGCACGGAUCUCUGUCUCUACGCUGCGCUGUAGUGUCGGGGCCAGUGGCCCUGCUGGGACUGAGAGCUGCAGUUAGUGUGUGGUGGGUGCAGUCGUUGACAUAAGCAUCUGCAGAGUGCCCAUGUAAACCAGAAUUUCUGAAGCUGAGAAACUUGGAAACCUCUCAAACAAAUGAGGAGAACUUGCUUCAGAAGUGAUGGGGAGUAAAGUGUGCACUUGAAGACUCGGCCUUACUGAGAAUCUUAUUAUACAAAUAGCUACAUAACAUCAGAAAAGUGUAUAAACCCAUACGAAGCCCUCCCUUUUUAAUUCUUUAUUUGCUUUAACCUAAUCACUAUUGAUAAGAGGAAAAAAAUAUUUGUAAAAACAAAUAAGGACAUUAAGUGGCACCUUACCAUUUUUAAAAGCUGCUUUUUUCAGUGCCCCAUUGCCUUGGGCAGAGGACUGUUCAGUUUCAUCCCACCUCAGAGUAAAUGUAGCACUGUUUCCAGUCAGCCACAACUCACAGCUCAUAGAUGUCUUACUAUUUAUUGAGCUUUCUUGAGUGCGGAGCACUGUUAUCCUUGAACUAACGUUUGAAGCUAGUUUGUUGAUGCAAAGUCUUUGAACAGCCCACAAACCUUUACGAGAAAAAGAAGAGUAAAGGCCAGACAACUGCUAAAAUAAGAUCUCUAAAAUAAUGUAUGGAUCAGUCUUGAAGAUGUUUUGGAUCUUGCACAGGAAAGUGCUGAACUAAAUCUGUAGCUCCUUACUCUUGUUAAUAGUUAAUGUUUUAAUGAAGCUAGUACCUUUCCUGUUUGUUACAGGCUGGUAAAAACUUGACAGUGAGAGGGGAAAAGUUGGUUAAGUGCCUCAGUGCUCUUUUAUUCUUUUCUUUCUGGGCUUCCUUACCAAACCCUGGUACGUGUUGUGUCUUGCCCUACUCCCGGCUACCUCAAGCACCAGCUAACAGGAAGCACGUAUAAGUAGAUAGGAGCAUGAAGUAAUGAAGAGUUACAUGAAAAUGUUGGAAACAUCAUUUUUUGUUUGUAAACUCAUGAUUUUGUGAUUAUUUCUCUGUAGGUCUGUACCGGUUAUCUUAAAUUAUAUAUAUAUUUUAGACAACAUUACCUUACCAUAUUGCCCCAGUUGUGCAUUGCACCCUUUAGCCUGUCUAAAGUUUAGUUUUAAUUAAGAGUCACCAAUUGCUUUUUGUUACAGAUCUAGGAUAGCCUACAAUGUUUUUUUUAGAGAGAAUCCUGACCGACUAAUGUCAGCCUUUCAGUUGCCUGAGCUCCUCCACGUGGGGAGUCCACGUCACUGCUGCCUGGCGACGUGACUGAUGCUCGAACCUGCAAUGCUUGAAACUUGAAAUAUUGCAUCAACAUCCCAGCCUGAAGCUUGGAUCAUAGAGAUCGACCUGUUCUUGACAUUGUGCCUUUACCAGCUGAGCCACUCAGGACCUCCUGAACAUAAGACUUUACAAUAUACCCACGUCCUAAUCAAAGUGAAGCCCUGGGCUUUAGAGAAAAGGUUUGGUGUUCUAUUCCCACAGGAUCUGGUGAGAAUUCGCACAAGAUGUGGUGAGAACCUUGGUGAGCUCCCCUCCUAAAGGUGCACUGCCUUCCUUUUGUUUAACUCUCGGGGUUCGCAGUCUGGGGUCUCAAGACCACUGUAGGCUUACAGAAGUUGUCCAGGGGCUACUAUAGACUCAUAAUUGCUCAAGAAAAAGAGGCUGUAGAUUCUAAUCUUUGUCUGGCACAUUUAUUAAUUGGGCGAAUUUAUUUUAUACAUGCCAUCCGAUCACUGUUGGGUGUUAUUUAAUCUGUUCAUCCUCAGCAGAUGUUGAGUUAUGCAGAUCUUCUUACCACAAGACCAUGUACCAGUAGUUUCAAAUCUUUGUUCUACUCUAGAGAUGUGUUUUUUUUUUAUCUGAUCUGCACUGUUUACAGUAGAUCUACUGAGAUGCAGUUGUGAU